AUGAUUCUAGCCCGGAAAAUAAAAGGAAGCUCUAUUAAAAGUUUUUGGAAUUCUGAAAGUUCCAUUCUUUCAAGAGCUCCUUUAGAGAUUGGUGACUUUGUAGCAAUCACAAAAACAGGAAGAGAAUUUGCUGGAAUUAUCACCAAGUUGCGAAAAGAUCCUGACAGCAAUGGGAAAAACACUAUUUUACUUCAUAAUGGACAUUUUUUAACACAUCGAGAUGAUGAUGUUUUCUUUCAAAUACCUGGUUAUGCUCACACAAAGGUAGCAAAUGGAAAUUUGUUAAAUACUACUGGUUCUUCAAUUCCUAUAAACUAUGCAAAAAUUGGUGGUGAUUUGUACAAAUCUGCAUUAAUUCUUAUGCAAUCAAAAAUCUUAGAAUUAAGAAAAAUCCAUGAUAAAUAUGCUCUUGAAGAAGAUGUUGAUACCAUUAGUGUACAAGAUAUAUCACGGAAUAUAUUUAAAUCUGACAAGUUAGAACCUGCACAAUUAUUAGCCGUACAAAUUUUUUUGAUGAAAGAAUAUACGCAUUUUAUACCAGAUUCUACAUCAUUAACAGAAUAUGGAAAAUUUGAAAUAAGACCACAAAACGAAGUGAAUUUGAUUAAUCAAGUUAAAGAAUUGAUUCGUUCAAAUAAUCAAAAAUUUAUCGAUUUUCUAAAAAAGUCAGAAUUGAUAAUAAAAUACAUGAGAUCAUUGACGAUGGAUAACUCAAUAAAAUUAUCGUUUAACAAAGAUGAAAAUUUACCUGAAUUUACAAGUGAUGAUCAACUUUUUAUUAAUUUUGUUAAAACUUUUAUCCUACGUUCAAGAUACUAUCAUGAUACUGAUGUAUUCAUAGCUGCAAUUUUAAAGCCUUUAAAAUUAUAUGAUGGACCUUUAGACAAAGAAUGUGCAACAAUAUUUUUAAAAGAAAUUGGUGUAUGGGCACCUUGGGAAAAUCUACAAGUUUAUGAGAGUACAUUGAAAUUAAAUGGUCAUGGAGUGUCAAGGAAAUCUGAUAAACAAUUUGAAUUAGCAACACAAUUUGCUGAAAAAUUAAUAAAUUCAAAACCUCAUAAUUCUAUGAUCAAUAGUAAUAAUAAUAAUUCUAAAAGAAAGUCCAAGAAAACGAUGAUUAAGACGAUGAUUGAUAAAUUAAGUUCCGAAGACUUUUAUCCGUAUGAUAUAUGUGAAAAUAUUCGACAUGAUUUUGGUAAUCUUCCUGUUUACACAAUAGAUGAUCCUACUGCGCAUGAAUUGGAUGAUGGGAUAUCAAUUGAACGUGUCUCAAAAUCAUCAUCACUAGAUGGGUCUGAUGUCUCUUCAACCUGGAUACAUGUUCAUGUUGCUGAUCCAUCAGCAUAUAUUCCGCCACAUCAUGCAUUAUCUAAUAUUGCAUUUUCUAGAGUACAAAGUGUUUAUUUUCCUGAAAGAAAUUAUCCAAUGAUCCCGUCAGUUAUGAAUGAAAAAAGAUUCAGCUUAGGUGCUGAUUCAGGGAAGACGGGAAAUUAUGUCAUGACUUUUAGUUUAAGAAUUGACGAUAAUGGAAAUAUAUUAGAUUAUAAAAUCAGACCUGGUAUUGUUAGGAAGAUUUAUACUUUACAUUAUGAUGAUGUUGAUGAUUUAUUGGUAUGGGAUUAUGUUCCUGCUAGUAAGGAAGAUAUUGAAUUUGUUCAGCAGCAACAACAUUACCAUCCUUAUCCAACCACUUUGACAAAGAUUAAGAAAAAACCUCCAUCACCACAACUUCAGAAAGAUCUUAUUGAUUUACAAAAAAUUUCUGUUUUUCACAUGCAUAAUCGUGUCAAGGCUGGUAGUUAUACACAAUACAAUCUACAAUCAAGCAUUCAAUUAUCACCAAAGACUUUACCAGUUACCACCGUCAAUCCUAAUUAUCCAAUAGUUUUCUCUGGUGUGCCUAGUAUACAUGUGAGUUUAGAUAAAGGCAACUUUUCACCAUCCCGUAUGAUGGUAGCAGAAUUUAUGAUCAUGGCAGGUAGAGUUGCAUCACAAUAUUGUCGUGAACACAAAAUACCAAUUUUAUAUCGCCUUCAAAAUCCACCAGAAUCGUCAGCUAUUGAAGAGUUAUUAUCGAAUAUUGAUAUGAAAACUGGCUCCAUACCAUUUAGUUCAAUAAACAAAAUACGAUCAACAAUAAAACGUGUAGAACUUACAACUCAAUAUGGCCCACAUUGGGCUUUAGGCAUUAAGGAUGGUUAUAUUAAAGUUACAUCACCUUUACGUAGAUAUGUUGAUCUUUUAGCUCAUUGGCAAAUAAAAGCUUCAUUACUCAAAUCACCUUAUCCAUUCCAAAAUGAUAUUUUAAUUGAUUACUCUCGACAUAUAAGGAAACAAGAGAGAGAGAUUUCUAGGCAAUCUCAAAAAAGUUCAAAAUUUUGGGUUUUAACGCUUCUGAACCGAAUGAUUAAUCUUAAUAUAUUGCCAGAAUUAACAGGUUUGGUUAUUGAAAAGGGUGAAAGUGAUUCUAAACUAGUUUUAUUAAGAGAAUUUGGAAUUCGCGGAAGAUUAAUUGAAUCUGAAAAUAGUGAAGUUGGUGAUGUAAUAAGAUUGAAAAUAAAAGAAAUAAACGUGGAACGACUUGGUUUGGUUUUGACACCUACUAUUUAA